AUGACAAAUAUUAUAGGAAGACGCAUUGCAGUAAACAAAAGAUUAUUACUCUCCCUUCUCUUGGCAACAGAAGUGAUCGAAAUAAUCGCAAGCGAUAUAUGUGAACCCGAAGUGCUCUAUAGGAAAAGCACUGAGCUAUCCUACACGAUGUCAUGCCAAAACUGUGUUGAUGUUUGCGACACCACUACCAAGACAGCGAUAACAGCUUUAAAAUCCUGGCUUCAGGCGCAUGAGGAAGCCCAGUCCAUCAACCAGGUAAUGUUAGCCAGCGUACUGGUUGUGGUUGGCGUGUGGUGGCUAGUGAGGACCUUCCUGGCUCUUCUCAUUAACCUGGUGUGUCCCGUACUCGUCGUCUUGCUUGCUGUGGUGUGUGUUCCUCAACUCCGAGCGCCAUUGUUAGGACAAAACUAUCCCGCCGUGGCGAACUUGAUAAGAAAUAUUUUGUUGAAGCUGGCCGAAAAUAUCAAGUCUUAA